CCCCGCCGCGGCCGCGCCGCCUGCAGCAGCAGCAGCGGCAGCAGCAGCUGCUCCUCCCCGGCGGCCGCCCCCCGCGGGUCCCUCCCUGGCUGCGGGAGAGGCCGAGGUAGAGGGAGGACGCCGCGCCGCCCGCCCGCUCCGGGGACCCUCGCCUCGCCCUGCUGGCUCCGCACCCUCCGGGAGAAACAUGGCAGAUAAUCUCAGUGAUACCUUGAAGAAGUUGAAGAUAACAGCUGUUGACAGAACUGAAGAUAGUUUAGAAGGAUGCUUGGAUUGUCUGCUUCAAGCCCUGGCUCAAAAUAAUAUGGAAACGAGUGAAAAAAUCCAAGGAAGUGGAAUACUUCAGCUGUUUGCAAGUCUGUUGAUUCCACAGUCUUCCUGCACAGCCAAAGUAGCUAACAUCAUAGCAGAAGUAGCCAAAAAUGAAUUUAUGCGUAUUCCAUGUGUGGAUGCUGGAUUGAUUUCACCAUUGGUGCAGCUGCUAAAUAGCAAAGACCAGGAAGUGCUACUUCAAACGGGCAGGGCUCUAGGAAACAUAUGUUACGAUAGCCAUGAGGGCAGAAGUGCAGUUGACCAAGCAGGUGGUGCACAGAUUGUAGUUGACCAUUUAAGGUCACUGUGCAGUAUAACAGAUCCCGCCAAUGAGAAGCUCUUGACUGUCUUUUGUGGCAUGCUGAUGAACUAUAGCAAUGAGAAUGAUUCCCUUCAAGCUCAGCUUAUCAAUAUGGGUGUUAUACCUACCUUAGUGAAAUUACUGGGCAUCCAUUGCCAAAAUGCAGCUCUUACAGAAAUGUGUCUUGUUGCAUUUGGUAACUUAGCAGAACUUGAGUCAAGUAAAGAACAGUUUGCCAGUACGAACAUUGCUGAAGAGCUAGUAAAACUCUUUAAGAAACAAAUAGAACAUGAUAAAAGGGAAAUGAUUUUUGAAGUUCUUGCUCCACUGGCAGAAAAUGAUGCUAUUAAACUACAGCUGGUUGAAGCAGGCCUGGUAGAGUGUCUACUAGAGAUUGUUCAGCAGAAAGUGGAUAGUGACAAAGAGGAUGAUAUUGCUGAGCUCAAAACCGCUUCAGAUCUAAUGGUUUUACUACUUCUUGGAGAUGAAUCCAUGCAGAAAUUAUUUGAAGGAGGAAAAGGUAAUGUGUUUCAAAGGGUGCUGUCCUGGAUUCCAUCAAAUAACCACCAGCUACAGCUUGCUGGAGCAUUGGCAAUUGCAAAUUUUGCCAGAAACGAUGGAAACUGUAUCCAUAUGGUAGACAAUGGAAUUGUAGAAAAACUUAUGGAUUUACUGGACAGACAUGUAGAAGAUGGAAAUGUAACUGUACAGCAUGCAGCAUUAAGUGCCCUCAGAAAUCUGGCCAUUCCAGUUGUAAAUAAAGCAAAGAUGCUAUCAGCUGGAGUCACCGAGGCAGUUUUGAAAUUCCUUAAGUCUGAAAUGCCUCCGGUUCAGUUCAAACUUUUGGGAACAUUAAGAAUGUUAAUAGAUGCACAAGCAGAAGCUGCUGAACAACUGGGAAAGAAUGUUAAAUUAGUGGAGCGUUUGGUAGAAUGGUGCGAAGCCAAAGAUCAUGCUGGUGUGAUGGGGGAGUCCAACAGACUGCUGUCUGCCCUCAUUCGACACAGUAAAUCAAAAGAUGUAAUUAAAACCAUUGUACAGAGUGGUGGCAUCAAGCAUCUAGUUACCAUGGCAACUAGUGAACAUGUAAUAAUGCAGAAUGAAGCCCUUGUUGCUUUGGCACUAAUAGCAGCUUUAGAGUUGGGCACAGCUGAGAAAGAUCUAGAAAGUGCUAAACUUGUACAGAUUUUACACAGACUGCUGGAAGAUGAAAGAAGUGCUCCUGAAAUCAAAUAUAAUUCCAUGGUCCUGAUUUGUGCUCUCAUGGGAUCUGAAUCUCUACACAAGGAAGUACAGGAUUUGGCCUUUUUAGAUGUUGUAUCCAAACUUCGCAGUCAUGAGAACAAAAGUGUUGCCCAACAGGCCUCUCUCACAGAGCAGAGACUUACUGUGGACAGCUGAGAACUGCCCCUCCCUGAUACAUGGCAUCAUCCCAGCUCUGAUUUCCCCUUUGUCCUCCAUCUUCUUCCAUAUCACUUGUGCAUGCGUGUAAUGUUCCAGUACCAAUUGAAGAACUGCUGUAGGUACCUGCCCAAUAAGAUUUCUAAACCCAUAGUUAGUGUAAACAUGAAUUUGUCAAAAACAAGUCUCCACCCAUAACUGUUCUCUUGUAUUCCUGUUGCUUGAGCUACAUUAAGUAGAAUGUGCAUGUUGUAGUCCUAUGAUGAUGUAAACUUGGUACUACAUAAUGACUUGCUCCUCACACUUGGUAAAACUACAUAAUAAUGUACUGGUAAAUUAGAAACAAACAAGAAUGCAGCAGGAUCUGUCUAGCUUUUAAAGAUGGAAUUGAAUAGUAAAAAUAGCUCCAUUUUUUGGUGCUUGGGAAGCACAGUGACCAAAAAACUGUAUGGCUGCUCAUUCAUUAGUCUUACCUACUAAUGUCAAACCCAUGGUACCUAGAGUUAAAUAAAAUCCAAUGCUCUCACUCUUUACCCUAUGGUUUCUCCUUCUUCCUAACUAUGUAGACUCCUGAAAUUGCCACAAACUUGGCAAGGCUUCCUUGUGGUUUUUUAAUUUUUAUUUAAUUCGCUGUCAUCCAUAGCUUAACAUUGAAAAUAUUUGUGUUUUUCAGCAUGAAACUAAAGGGUUGAAGAAUCUGUGUUACACUAAGUACAUAUUUUGGGGGGUUUUUUGGCCUAUAUUUUAGAAUCUGAUAUAUGUACAUUUUGACAUCAGCAUUGUCCAACACUUGUCUUUAAUGUUCACUUGGCAUUUGUUUUCAACUGAGAAAUUGAGUAUAGUUCAUUGGAAGGUGGGUUGUAGAGGUUUUGUUGUGGGUUUUUUUGUUUUUUUGUGGCAGUUUUUCAUCAGAAGUUUCCUCUGUCCUAGUCCUUUUAAAUCUUAUAUUAGAACUAGCAGGACAUAGAAAAAAAAAGAUUAAGAAAGAAGUUUGUCUAUACUAAAGAAAGGAAGCAGGUUAUAAAAGCCAUAGUUGCCAGUCUAGUUCAUUCUGCAGAUGGCCUCAUACCAGUAGCUGUUAGAGUUUCCCACCUCCACUUGCCACAGAGAAUUGCACUAGAUCUCACAACUAUCAGAAAAAAGUGACAACGCCAAGACUCAAGAGAUGAGAAGACCCUCUUGGCGAAAUAUAGUGUACUCUUCACUGCCACUACCACCACCAAAUGGGUUUUUAGAACUUUGAAACACAAUCUUUGUAAAUUAACCAAAAGAUCCCUGUGACAUACCCUGUCUUGUCCCCAUGCACAAGCUUGACAAAUACUGGCUGAAAGGUAUGAUGGGCUCCAUUAUGGAAGGGCUGUAGGGCAGUAGAAUGGGCUGCCCAGGGUGACAAGAGCUCUUUCCUCUCCAGUGGGAGAUACUGCACAUAUCUAUGGGGUGACUGAAGUUGGACUUUUGACUCUGAAACAGGUAUAAUUCAAGAAAAUUAAAACCUCAGUGGAGGUAAAGAAACUGACUGAUUAUUCCCUUUGAUGUCCAGGAAAGGGACUAUUAUUUUGAAUGCUUAUGCUACACUUACUGUAAGAAUGGUAUUGUUUACUAUCUUCUUCUGGGCUGGAUAGUGGACUAUAUUUUAUUAUAGGUUUUGAAAAACAUCUGUAAUGUUGAAUAGGCUGUCCAUAUUAUUAACUAAAUAAAUAAAUAGUAUAUCAAACUGUAA